AUGGGUCUCUCAGAUGAUCCAGAACUGCAGCCUGUGCUCUUUGGGCUGUUCCUGUCCAUGUACCUGGUCACCAUGUUGGGGAACCUGCUCAUCAUCCUGGUGAUCAGCUCUGACUCCCACCUCCACACCCCCUUGUACUUCUUCCUCUCCAACCUGUCCUUGGCUGACACAGGUUUCACCUCCACCACCAUCCCCAAGAUGAUUGUGGGCAUCCAAACUCACAGCAGAGUCAUCUCCUAUGUGGGCUGCCUGACUCAGAUGUCUUUUUUUAUGCUUUUUGGAUGUCUGGAUAGUCUCCUCCUGACUGCCAUGGCCUAUGACUGGUUUGUAGCCAUCUGUUACCCCCUGCACUACUCAGUCAUCAUGAACCCACACCUCUGUGGCUUGUUGGUUUUGGUGUCACUUUUAAUUAGCCUUUUCAUCUCCCAGCUGCACAAUUUAAUCAUGUUACAACUUACCUACUUCAAAGAAUAUGGAAAUUUCUCUUUCUACCAUGAUCCUUCUCAGCUCCUUAACCUUGCCUGUUCUGACACCAAUAAAUACAUGUAUUAUGUUAGUGCCAUCACUUGUUUCCUUCCUACCUCACUGGUCUUUUUCUCUUACUACAAAAUUGUUUCCUCCAUUUUGAGAGUUCCCUCAUCAAGUAGGAAGUAUAAAGCCUUCGCCACCUGUGGCUCACACCUGUCUGUUGUUUGCUUAUUUUAUGAAACAGGCCUUGGAGUUUACAUCAGUUCUGGUGUCUCACUUUCUCCCAGGAAAGAUGCAGUGGCCUUGGUGGUGCACACUGUGGUCACCCCCAUGCUGAACUCCCUCAACUACAGUCUAAGGAACAGAGACAUCAAAAGAGCCAUGUGGAGGCUCCUCAGCAAAACAACCUAA